AUGAGGAAGACGACUCCAUCCACCGAGUAGGGAAGAUAGAAGUCAUUAUUAAAAGCAGUUUAUUGUCUAAUUAUCUGAGGUGUCAUUUUCUGCAGUUAACUGAAGCCUAAUUCGUUUAUAAAUCAAACACCAUUACCUGGGAAUUGGAGUGAUGGUGCGCAGCUGUGCCAACGACUGGUGCGCUCGGUUUGUGGAGCGACACCGGUCAGCGCUGAAUUUUGCGCUGCUGGUUGUCGGGUACAUCUUCUACCUCAUCAUCGGCGCCGGGAUCUUCUCCGCCAUCGAGCUGCCCUACGAGCAGGAGCUCCGCCAGGAGCUGAAGGCGGCUCGGCAGGACUUCCUGAGCAACAACACCUGUGUGUCCGACGCGCGCCUGGAGGAGCUGCUUAUCCGCGCGCUGGAGGCCAAUAACUAUGGAGUGUCCGUGCUGGGUAAUGACACCGACCGAAACUGGGACUUUGUGUCCUCCCUGUUCUUCACCAGCACCGUGCUGACCACCACAGGUUAUGGCCACUCUGUCCCUCUCUCAGACGAAGGGAAGGCCUUCUGUAUCUUCUACUCCCUGUUCGGCAUCCCCGUCACCCUCUUCUUCCUCACUGUUGUGGUGCAGAGGAUCAUGGUUGUGGUGACUCGGCGUCCAGUGGCCUAUUUCCACCGGCGAUGGGCCAUGUCUAAAUCGAAGCUAGCCACCAUACAUGCCAUCUGCCUGACCCUCAUCAUGACCCUGCUCUUCCUCAUCAUCCCCGCGUGGAUCUUUGUCAGCCUGGAGAAGGAGUGGGACUUUUUGGAGUCUCUGUAUUUCUGUUUCAUCAGUCUGACGACCAUUGGCCUCGGGGAUUAUGUCCCCGGAAAGACCCACAGUAAAGAGGAAAACCCACACCCACACCUCUACAGGCUGGCCAUCACAGUCUACUUGCUGCUGGGCUUGGUCUUCGUCCUGGUGGUGCUGGAGACGUGCUGCGAGCUGCCCCAGAUGAAACGCUUGAGACAGAGGUUCUACCGUGAAAAAGUUCGCGAGCUGGACUCUGAGACCGCCAACAUCAUCGACCGGGAUCAGCUGAGCGACCCUCUGAGCGACCCUGUGGACCACAUGACGGCUCACCAACCAGUCAUCCCGUCUGUGUCAGAGCAGGCUGCGUCCCUACGGCAGGACAGCAAGUCACCAACGCCUUACCAAGCACCAGGGUCUGCUGUGAAGGAACUGAGAUGACAAACUAUCCUGAAAACAUUUUAUUUGCAUUCAUGGCUGCUCAGGACACACCGGCUUUGACCUUUGCCUAAUGUGUAUGAAGGAGCCUGAGCACGCUUGUGUGUAUAUCUACAAUUACUUAAUCCCUUUGAAAAUGUCUCUCUGCCUUUGCCAACACCAACAGACAUUAGUGGCAUAAAAGCAGGAACCACCCACAGACUAUCAGGAUGGCAUUGUUUUCUUGUUCUCCCCUGUAGCUCCAUUCCCUGCAGAUAAGAGCUAGGUCCGUGACACAGAGGAAGGGCCGGGCCCCUGAACGGAGGGAAACCCCACAAGGUUACACUUCCUGCCAAAGUCUUGAUGCUGUAAUUCUGAAGUGGCACAGUUUGCUCUAGAGGAUUUCACACCCACUCUUUGCACUUUGUAUAAUCUAUGGUGGGAUUUGCAUAGGAAAUUUGCCUUCUUGGAAGUAGCAUGAAAGCAGCAGCAGGGGAAUCAGGUGUGUCAUCAGUUGGCCUACUGUGCAGCAUGUGCAUCAAUUCCAAGAAGAAAAUAUGAACUGGGUGGGGAAACUGCAGCCUCCAUAAUAACCAUACAGUUGAAUCAACACCACCUUAAAACAGUUUCAACUAAAACUAAACACUAUGGCCUUUAUAGAGAGAGGAAUUACUGCAGAAAUGUAUCAGAGUGUGUUCUGAAUGUGUUCCAUUGGGGUAUUCAUACUGCAGUGUGUGCCUUUGACCACCAGAGGGCAGCACUUUCAUUUUACAUACAAAAGGAAGCUUUACAGGAGGUUUGUCGUUGCUGGGAGUUCUUCUGUCUUGCUGCUCAGGGGAGUGUUUCUUGAAAAUAUAAUAAGUUUGCAAGAAUAUGUCAUUGCUAGGGUGAGGGAGCAUGUUGUUGUUUUUAUUAUCCAUUUUACGCACAAGCUAGCAAAACAGCUUCAGGCAAGACACCCCAGGCAAAAAUUGUUUUUCAGGCACUGGUCUAAUUUUGAGGUUACGUCAGAAACGUCCAAAAUACCCAUUAAGGUGUUUUUUUUCCCUUUAUGGUUCCAAAUCAAAUACUUGAGUAAUGUUAAAGAGUUCCUUUUCAUCAUCUUUACAAAUGAUUAAGUCACUAUAACUUGAUGUGAUCAGUUCACACUUAAUAGAUCAGCCAUUAAGCAAUGUUACUUCAUACAUGAAUUUGUAUGAGACUAAAUUAGCUGCUAUUAGAGUUUAUCCCAGGGCCAUGCUAUUGUGCAGCCUCUCUGAAAGCAGAACAAACCUGUUAUCGUAAAUCUGCGCCAUAUCUUAGCUGGUCCUAGGACUGUGCUCUUCUGGACAGAGACCUCAGAUGUUGUACCUGGACUCUGCUGGAGCUGCUCUUCCAGUUUCCCCAGAGCUCCAGUUAUCACUGGCACCACUGUUGUCUUUACCCCCCACACCUUUUCUAGCUCCUCUGUCAGCCCUUGGUAUCUUCCGAGCUUCUUGAGUUCCUUCUUCCUGAUGUUGCUGACGCUUGGGAUUGCUCAACACGAUGUCUGGUUGCUCAGCCAUCUCCAGGUUGUCUGAAUCUGAAGUCUCACAGGAUCUUAGCUUGGUCAUUCUCAACCACCUUAGGAGAUGUCUUCCAUUCUGACCUCGGGACUUCCAGCCCACACUCAGUGCAGAUGCUCCUGUACACGAUGCCAGCCACUUGGUUAUGGCGUCCCAUGUACGUCCCAUGUGCUGAACUGUCUCAGGAGCAUCUUUGCACAGCCUGCACCUGGGGUCCUGUCUGCUGUGGCAGAUCCCUGCUUCCUACUAAGUGGCUGUUCCUGUGCUGCCAUGAUUAGUGCUUCUGUCUUUCAGUCUGGCCCUUUUCAGCCACUGGUGGGAUUUCUUGAUGUUGGCCAUUUCUUCAAUCUGUCCGUGGUACAUGCCGUGCAGUGGCUUGGUUCAUCCUCCUCUUCUGCAUUCACAGGUUUCUGCUGCCUGAGGCGUUCACUCAGCAGCUCAUCUCUGGGGGCCAUCUUCCUGAUGUAUUCCUGGAUCUUGGUUGUUUCGUCCUGGACAGUGGCUCUGAUGCUCACCAGUCCUCAGCCUCCCUCGUUUCGCUUAGUGUACAGGUGUCUCAGGGUGCUUGACUUGGGAUGAAACCCUCAAUGCAUUGUGAGAAGCUUCCUUGUCUUGAUAUCAGUGGCCUCUAUCUCCUCCCUUUAUACAUAUAUGCAACCUAACGGGUGGAUUGAAGCUCUACCCCCCAUAGGUUGUAAAUGAAGUAACACAAAAGUACUGUUCUGCUUUAAGAGAGGAUGAGCAAAUGCACUGCUCUGAAAUAAACUUCAGUAUAAGUGUAAUCCAGCUGACAUGGUUGUGUAUCAUUUAAUGUAAGUAACUGUGAAUUAACAUUCCGUAGUUGAUGAUCUAAUAAGUGUGGGCUGCUCACAUCAAGUCAUAGUGACGUAAUCAUUUGUUAAUGAUGAGCAACAGGAAGUCAUGACACAGCAUUACGAGUCAUGCUUUAGUUGAACAUUAAUUAAAUAUAUUUUAUUUACCAUUAUUAUACAACUUUUAUUUAAGUUCAGAUUUCUGCUCUGGAAAUGUAUGCAAAACGUGUGUAUUUAGUUAGAUAAUGCUGUAUUUGCAUAUUUAAACAUAACAUUUUAAAAACCUGUAAUACAAGAAGUUUCAUGGUGAUAUCUAAAUGUUUAAACUUUUACACUGUUCACCUGUAGUGUUUUUAAAAUGUAUGAUAUUUUACAUUUACAUUUUUUCUCAUACCCUGACCCAGAAAUCUUCACUUCAGUAUCACUUAAAUAGACCAAACUUUAGUUUUAUUUCUGUCUAUAUCCUUAAGGUUUUAACUAGGGCUGCCACGAUUAGUCAACUAAUCGAUGACUAAUUGACUAUUAAAAUAAUCGGUGACUAUUUUAGUA